AUGUAAUAAAUUGGACACCAGAUCUUAUCAAAAUGGUAAAGAAAUAAUUCUAUCAUUUUAGGUACUAAACAAAUUACAAUUAUAGAGCACUAUUUUAGUAUGAAGUUAAAGAAGAAGGGUAUAUUAUGGGACAAUUGAUAGAAAGAAAUGAGGAUAUUUUGAAUGUGGUCAUUCACACAAUUCGUUUUACUUAUAGAUAAGGAUUUCAGGCAUAUCAAUGUUAAGAUAGUGCAUUGACAACAGAUUCUGGAUGGGGUUGUGUAAUAAGAGUGGGAUAAAUGAUGAUGGCAGAACUCUUAAAAAGGCAUUUGAAGUGUUUUUAUAAUGUGGAUCUGUUUUCGAUUCCUCGUCUUUUGUAGGAAGUUUUAUAAUUGUUCAAGGAUGAUGAUGAAAUGGAAAGUUAGAAAGGUUUUGUAAGACCAUCAAAGUAUGGAUUUUCGAUUUAGAAGAUAAUGAGAGUAGCCUAUAAGGAAUGGGGUAAGAAACCUGGUGAAUGGUAUAGUCCAAAUUAGAUAGUUUAGGCAAUUUACAAAAUUCUAUCAGAGAAUAAUAUCACAUGUAAUUUUAAAAUUUAAGGGUAAAAGAUUGUUGUGGUUUGGGUUUUGUGCCAUUCUACGAGAGCUAAAUAGAUCUAAGAGCUAUAUUUUAAGAGAUGUGCAUGGUUGAGAAUUGUUGUUGUUAAUAGAGAACAUUUUCUAUUGAGUAAUUUUUGAGAGCAUUGGAAAAAUUGGAGAUUGGUAAAGAAGAAGUAGUAUAAGUUAUGCAUGGUAAUGAUUCAAUAAGUGAUGUUUGUUAUGAUGAUCAAUCAGAAUAGAAUAAGAAGGAGAUUGGAAAUUUGAUAAAGAAAUAUAUUUGUUAAAAAUGUUUUAUACCUAUUAGAGCAGUAACAGUAUGUUUAUUAAGCAGAAUUGGAUGUGAUUAGCCUAAUCCAGAUUAUAUAUAAGCAAUUAGAUAAUUUAUGAAGAAGAAAUAUUUUGCUGGUAUGUUGGGAGGUAGACCUAAGGAAGCUAAUUUCAUUGUAGGUUUUGUUGAUAAUAAAUUUGUUGUAUUGGAUCCACAUUUAGUAUAAGAAGCUAAGAUGAAUCCUGAAGAAUAUAUUAAAUCAUGUUUUCCAGGUGAAGCUUUAUUUAUGAGUGAUAAAGAGAUUGAUUGUUCACUUGGAUUGGUAUUCUAUUUAAAUAAUAUGGAUGAUUUGAUUGAAUUGAUCUAUGAUAUCUAAGCACAUUAGUAAAUAAACUUUUUUUCAUUUGCUCAUCUUUAACAUUGGAAAUACUAAGAGACGAAAAAAGAAGAGUAACUUCAAAAUAUUAAAGAAAUGAAAGAAUUCUUAAGUGAAUUUUAAGUACAAUAAUAACAAUAAUAAAUAUUGAAUUUAGAGAUUUCCACAUAUCAAGAAGCACAUUAAAAUGAAAUUGAAUACUUUGAUCAAUAACCAAUUCUAAAAGAAAUAGAUUCAAGUUAUGAAGAAAUUUGA